AGCCCCCCACUAGGUUGUGAGAAGCGGAAGUAGUUACCAUGUUCCGGAAGCGCUUGAGUGUCAUGGCGGCGUUGGUGAGAGCUGUGAAGUGCCAGACUGGAAUGCCUCAAUGGAUUACAGUAUGCAGUGGAUUAAUACAAUCAACCUUGCCGCAAGCACAGUGGGACAGAAUGCUCUAUGGCACUCUUCAGCAGAGGCAUGAGACUGGCCGACCCCAGCUGAAUAAAGUAUGUGGUGGAUUGAUACAAACCAGUGGUGCAAUAACACAGCAAAGGAGAAUGCUUCACAGCACUGAUCAGUUUCUUGCUGCAAAAGAUUCUCUGCAGCCAUCUGAAGAGAAAGUGGGUGCCUUCACAAAGAUAAUAGAAGCAAUGGGAUUCACAGGACCACUGAAAUAUAACAAAUGGAAGAUUAAGAUAGCGGCUCUGCGCAUGUACACUUGCUGUGUGGAGAGAACUGACUACGAGGAAUUCUUUCACAGGUGCCAUAUGCCUGAUACAUUGAACUCUUGGUUUCUAAUAGCCCAACUUCAUGUCUGGAUGUGUCUGGUACGAAUGAAACAGGAGGGUCGAGCUGGAAAAUACAUGUGUCGCUAUAUAGUUCAUUCUAUGUGGGAAGACGUUGAACAGCGUGGUAAGGUGAUGGGGAUUGAUUCUUUUACUCUAAAACAAAGUAUGAGAAGCAUGGCAGAAAAUUUCUAUGCAGCUAUAUUUGGAUAUGAUGAGGGGAUUUUGUCUGAUGACCACGUACUGGCAGCAGCCCUAUGGAGAAACCUUUUCAACAAGCACUGUGAGGACCCCAGGCAGCUGGAACUGCUAGUGGAGUAUGUGCGCAAGCAGAAAGGACUUCCUGUCUAUGAAGUGCAAGUUGGUGACUCAGCUGGAGGAGAAGAUUCAUGGAUUGAAAGGAUGCAGUACCUGGAUGCUAUAAAUGGAGAGGACCUGCUACUAACUGGUGAAGUGAAUUGGCGCCCUCUUGUGGAGAGUAAUGCCCAAAGCAUCCUGAAGCCAACUUCCCCAGCAUAUAAUGAUGAAGGACUCUGAGACCUUCAUCAGUCAAUGAACAAUGUGUUAAACUUUCAUUCUGUGGGGUAUCCAAGAAGGGAAGGAAUAAAUAUUUGCUGUUGAAAGAAUAUAUUUAAAUAAAUAGCCUUUUUGUAUUGAUUUACAUGUUGGUAAACCUGACAGCAGUACUCUUUUGAAUAUUUUUUCUAGGAUUAAAUGCUGCUAAUUCAUUUGAGGAAUGCCUGGCUGUUGCAGAAGUAUAAAGUUGACCCUGUAGAUAGGUUCUGAGAGACAGCAUCCAUCUUUUGAAAACCAAAUAUCUUACCAAAAGUGAUAGGUACCUUAAGAACAGGGUUCUCUGCUCUUUAUCUGGCAAGAGGGGAGCGACUUCACACCAAAAUACAAUGACAUUACUUUUUCUGCUCCAUGAAGUUGCUAAGCACAAGGCUGAGUUCUGCAUGUUCUGAAUGUUGAUAUACCUCUAUCCUGGCUUUGGGAGACAUAGUCUAUUUUUGCAUUAAAAUGCUUGGGAAUUGGCUGAGAAGAUCUUGAAAUGAUUUUCGAUUAAAGCCCAGUUUAGGGUCAGACUGUGACUGGCCCCUUGCACAGGUGCACAAGGAGAAGUAGGUGCAAGAGGGUGGGGACAGGGCCAUGGUGGGACUAUGGCUAAAAGCCACUUUAGAGUCUUUAUUGUUUCAAAGUAGCUCUAUCUUCCUGAUACGCUCAUAUUCUUUCUAGAGCUGUGCUCUAGUGAUUGCUGCAGUAGAGUAACAUCUCAAUGGUCUGUUCAUGUUCUCUAUGGGAUAAAACUAUACUCUACCCACAAAGAAGAGGUUCAAGACCUUUUCUAGUUAACAUUUUAAAUAGUUAAGCAGACAACAGUUACCCCAACAGAAUUAUUCAAUGAAAACCUGCACCAAAUAAAUCAACAGAAAGUAGGGCUUUAUUGCACAAACUAAAGGUCCACAUGGGGUUUCUAGUUCAGUGACUGAAACUGGUUUUAUUUCUCUCAUGUCCAAAAUCUUCAUAGGAAACCAUGUGACCAAGUAAUAGAACUGUACUUGUUUUGUGUACUUUGUAAUGCCUUUGCUGAGAAUGAGAAGAACAGUGCCCUGUCGUGUCAGGAUAUAGUCCUAAUAAACCAAUUCACCAAAUGUA